GAUUGAUUUCGCGCAGUCAGUGAGAGAUACCAUAAGCAGACGAACGCCUUUUUGCAAAGAGUGGAUCUGAUAAAAAACUUUUUUUUCGUAGAGAAGGCAAGAUUCAGUGCAGUACUGAGAUUAUGUGCAGUGGAGUGACGACAGUGACUUUAGAAUAGAAUCCUAGGCUGAAUGAAGUACCAAUUGAUCUUUUCGUAACGAUUCAUUGCCAUUCAAAGUAACUGAUGUGAUUAAAGAGAUUCAAGGCCGAUUCUCGUAGAUCAAAGCAUCAGUUAGUUUUAUUUUGUGCUCCCGAUCCGCCGUGAUCAACACGAGGCAUCUUUUCGUUCUGACAGUGAGAAAAUUUCUAGUCUGAAAAAGAGUGCACAUGUGAAACAGCAUAUAUUUCUGAGAUAGCAAAGAUAAAGAGGGAUUAGUCGGUAUAAUUGCCAUCAAUUAGACCCCUAGGGAAGUAUGAACUUUGGGCUCAAACAAACUUCUAGUUAAUCUGUCGCAUCUAGAAAUGAUGAAGGGGACCGACGACAUGCAUAAUAGCAGAUUAAUCAUGGAGGCAGAAGCAUCCGUAGAAGAACCUACAGAGCUAAGUCUUCUUUCAAAGUCACCUAUUUCUCCAAUUUCUGAAAAAACUUCCAUGCCACUUGAGUAUGGAGGAGUGACAAAAACAAAUCCACCACCAGAGAUCCAGCAGGAGGGGAAGAAGUUGUUUCAAUUCUUAGCUACCCUAAUCGCGGGACUGACAGUGAGUCAAGGAGGCAUGGCCUUAGCAUGGUCAUCUCCAACUGUUGACUAUUUAAGAUCAAACGGUUCUUUCCUUGCAAACGUGACAGAUAGCGAAGGCUCCUGGAUUACAUCAUUAAUGCCACUCGGAGCGAUGAUCGGAUCGGUUCCUGCGGGGAGUUUGGCUAAUAUUUUUGGAAGAAGAAUAGCAAUUGGUGUCACAAUGACACCUUGUCUAAUUUCCUGGAUCAUUUUAAUUUUCGGUAGAACCGUUCCCUGGAUAUACAUCGCCAGAUUCCUUGGCGGUAUUGGAUCUGGUGCGGCUGGAGUUUUGGUUCCAGUUUACAUUGGCGAAAUAGCAGAACCAUCAAUGAGAGGAGCAAUGGGAACAUUUUUUCCCUUUUUUUUCUCUCUGGGAAUCGUUUUUUCAUAUGUGGCUGGUGCAUACUUAGAAUACCAAACAUUCAACAUUGCCUGUUGUUUAACCUUGGUACCUUUCCUAGCUUGCAUUUCUUUGAUGCCAGAAACACCAAUGUGGUUGGUGAAUCAGGGCAGGAAACUGGAAGCUAGUAAGGUUUUGAAGAUAUUGCGAGGAUCAAAUUACGAUGUUAAUCGGGAGAUUGCUACCCUUUUGGAAGAAGCAGAGGAGAUAAAGAGCAGAAAAGGUGGAAUACGUGAUCUGGCUGGUACUGUAGCUGGAAGAAGGGCCCUUCGUACGUGCCUGGGUCUCAUGUGGUUUCAACAAAUGUGUGGGAUUGAUGCAGUUCUUUUCUACACAGUGACUAUAUUUAAAGAUGCUGGGAGCACUAUUGACCCUUAUGUGGCGACGAUUGUUAUUGGUCUAAUCGAGGUCAUGAUGGCAGUGGUCGUCGGUAUGACAAUUGACAGAUUUGGAAGAAAACCAUUAUUGGUGAUAUCCGGAAUGACAAUGACAAUUUGGAUUGGAAUAUUAGGCUACUACUUCAAAAUGCAGGAAGACGGUAAAGAUGUCCUAUACAUUGGUUGGCUACCUUUACUCUGUCUCGGUAGCUUCAAUUUUGUAUUUUCUGUGGGCUAUGGAUCAGUGCCCUACGCUAUGGUGGGAGAAUUAUUUCCCCAAGAAACGAGAGCAAUUGCAAGCAGCAUGUGUUUCGUAAUAAAUUGGUUUCUCGUUUUCGUAGUAACCAAAUUCUUCCCUACUUUCGUCCUACUAAUAGGAGCAUCAAAAACUUUUUGGAUUUUCUGCAGUCAAUGUGCUUUAGCAACUGGCUUUGCCUUCUUUUUCGUUCCAGAAACAAAAGGCAAAACACUUCAUGAAAUUCAACUUAAACUUGCUGGAAACGCAAAAUACAAAAACGGCUUCGGUCCCAAUGCUUCCCCUAUAUGAGGAUGAAAAAAACGACACUCCUUGCUGAGAUACUUUAGUUCAUUUCGAACAGAAUCAGACCAAAGUACGAAAAUUAAAGUACAAGAGAAAAUUCUAGAACUAUUGGUUCUAGUGAAAAUCGAUACCCAAAGUCGAAAUUGACUUUUGGUUAUCAGAAAUGAUAAAAAUUGAAGCGUAGCAUGAGUGAGUCUACUUUUAGGAAAAUUCACCGAUUACAAGGUAUUACUGAUAAGGAGUAGAAGGACCAUAUGACUGACUAUCAAGAGAUAAAACUGCCACGAGCGAUGUAGAAAAAAAACGAGAACUUCCUUACCAGGUGCACAGUGAAAGUGGACUAUGGCUGACACUAUCAUUGUAAGAAAUAGAGAUUGGAAGAUAUUUUGAAGAAAUGACGAGGUAUUAGUGAUUCAUAAACUUCCAAAGAGCGAUAAAAAUAUAGAAGCACAAUGUAAAUAUCAGCAUCACAUGAAGAACGCAGACUUGUGAUUACAUAUGUGGAUUUGUAUUGUAAUCUCGAUAAUAGGAUUUUCUUCAGGAAAUUCACCUGUUGAAGCAAUGUUCUGAGUGAAUUUUUCUUUUGGACAAAUUAAAAGUGUAGAAAGAGAAGUAGGAAAUGUAAGAUUUUCUAUUGUUUAGAAUGCUUUUUUAAAAUGGUACGAAAUGGAAUAUUCUUGCAUAAUUGUAUGUUUUGUAUUAUUAUAAUUCCUAGUCUCGUACAUAUGGCUCAAUUAUGUAGUAAAUCUAGAAAUAAUAUAGGAAUUAAGCGAAAUAUUUUACGAUAUUUGGAUAGAAAAAUAAAUUGGAAUCAAUAAAAAUUCCUUUUACUUCCGUCAUAGUUACAUAUCAGUUGUUAAAUAUAUAAUUAGACAGAUUAGUUCCUAUCUUUUUUAGAUUGGAAUUAAAAGACUGAAAGUGUUGCAAAUAUUUGUAAAUUAAUCUUCCUUCCGGAAUAUUUGCGCCUUUAUCAUUUGGUGAAGAAUGUGUACCACUGACGCAAUAGGUUCGAAACAUUAAUUAAGAUUUAAGCUUAUCAGUUUCAGCAAAUAGCAUAACGAGUUCAAUGGCAAAUUUCUACCGUAUUCAUAAUUUUCAUUAAAGAUUUCCACAAGGGAGAAUUUCUUUCUCUUAUCGUAUCAAUUUCUUAAAAUCUUGAAAGUUUAC